AUUUAACUCUUAUCAUUCUUUAGUCAGUGUUAGUCUCUUAGGUUUUGAUGUUCUGUAACUGGAGGAAGCAUUCUCUUUGCAUAAAUUUUCUGUCUUUUCUAUCUCUUUAAUCUAUUCCCUUUGCAGCUGAAUUUAGUUUUAUAUUUUUUUCGUCAUUCCGAUUAUGUUGUAACUUCUAUUCAUUGUCCACUUGGGGAAAAUCGUUUUAUAUUGCUUCAAAUUUGUGACCGUUAGGGAAAAUCUUGAAGAUGGUCAGGAAAGAGGAUGUGGAUUUCUAUUGCGGAUUAUCGAGAAAAGAGCUUCAGAGUUUGUGCAAGAAAUAUAAUUUGCCGGCUAAUAGAUCAAGCUCGGAUAUGGCUGAAUCAUUGGCUUCUUAUUUCGAGUUGCAGAAAAAUAGUUGGAACUCGGUAGGCUUUGGGGUCGCUGGGAAUCAAGUUAGUUCAGCUACAACUUCUAGAGCACCAGCAAGUAGAACAUGUGAUGCGAAAAGAGAUUCUUAUGGUAAUGAAUUGGAUAUAAGCCGAGGAGGUUGUUUUCAAGGUACUGUGGCUAGAGAACCAGGCUUUAUCCUUGGGGAAAGUACACAGUAUCAGGAGCGAAAUGGUGGUUUGAUUGAUUCUGAAUGUGCCCCUCCAUAUAUGAAGAAAUUGAAUGGAAACGGCCCAACGGAUUCUCGGCUGGAAAAUAGAAUGAAAGAGGUAGACAGUGGUGGUAGUCAUAGUUCGUCUUCGUUUGAGUUUCAUGUCAGUUUGGAAGAGGGUAUUAGCCUUUCCGUUGAUCUAAAUUUCAAUCCAUCAGACUGGAUUAAUAGCAUGAGAGACGAGGUCAAUGUAUGUGAUAGCAUGCGUCGCAGAAAAUCUCCACAUCCUGAUCUUGGCAUUGAUAAUGCUACAAAGUGUAAGAAACAGAAGAGUUCAGGGCAAGACAAAGAUGGGCAUGUAAGGAAAGAAUCAUCUAUAAGUCCGGAAAUAAAAGACAAUACUCAAGUACCCUCUGAUCAUCAUUCCAAUGGUGAACGGUCUCUAGCAUCAUCUGCUGCUAUACAACCAUGCAGCAGAAGCAGUGCGGGCUCAGACACUUGCAAGGAAAAAGAUGGGCUUAACUUGUCCAUUCCUGAUUCUGCAGGACCUGGCCAGAUUGUAUCAUCUUGUGUCGAGUCGUAUAACAAAAGCUGCUGUGUAAAUCCAGGUGACUUGGACUGUGUUAAUCUUCCUGGGAAGAAGUUGUCAAGUGAAUCUGUUAUGGUUGCCACAGAGCAGAAUCAUCCAGCUGGUGAUAUCCUUAUUGAAAUUCCGGAAAAUCCAUCCAUGGAAAGAUUUCAAAAGGUCGUAAACUCAAGUACUGCAAUUUGUCCACGGGGAGCUGGUUCUGAACUAUCAUCAUCAGAAGCAGAGGCGUUUUCACCUCGCAAGACCAGUAGAUCCUCAAAUAUCUCUUCUUCAGAGCUAAUCGUCGAUAGAGAGUCUAAUAGCUAUUCUGAAUCAUUCAAGUUCCUGUAUAAUGGAGGCAAGAACAGUCUGCCACCAAAUACUGAAGAGCAGGUAGAACACCAUAGUUGCAAGCAAUAAACACCUGAUUUAAGUGAAGUCUUAAGUGAACUUUUACACAUUCACAGGAAAAGAGCGAAGUUUUAAGUGAGCAGGACUUUGUUUUGAUGGUGAAGCAUCCGCUAUAUUGUAAGAUAGUGUUCAAGUGAUAGGAGAACUGCUAUUAUACCUGAUGUAGUGAUAGUCAAGAAAUGGCCUUUCCUCUGAUCAAGAGGUUUUUACUGCUGUUUUUUUUUUUUUUUGAGGUGUGAUUUUGUGCUCUCUAUAUAUCCAUAUCAUAGAGAAUGAUAAACCAAAAAAUCAUGAAGUAUUUAUUUUUCGUUGCUGGCUUGCACUUAGGCCAUCUGAGUAA